AGUUUUUCUUUUUUCCCUGUGGAUGGCAAAAGCCUUCUCUCUCCCAAUCAGUUGCUCCACCAACUGGGGAAUCCACUUCCUCUCACAUCGAUUUCUUCGUCUUCUUCCUCUUCAUCGUGCACUCGCUCCGUCAACCACUCUCUCGCGACCCAUCUCUCUCUCACGUUGCGACGGUAACUUUCGAAGAGUUGUGACCAUGGAUUCUUCAGGAGCUGAAUCUCCGAAAGAAUUCCCGGUCGGCUUGGAUAUAACAACUGAGGAAGAUUAUGCAGAGCACUCUAAGUUACUUAAGGAGUUCACUAGUAUCCCCAGCAUUGACAGGGCAUGGAUUUUCAAGUCUAGUGUUGGUUCUCAGGCAAUGUUUGCUAUGAGUCAAGCAAACCUUUUGGCUAAUAAAAGGAGAAAGUUUAUGUUAUCGGGCCAAAUCUCGAAAGAAAGUAACGGUUCUGUAGACUUCCAUUGGGCUCCCUUUCCUAUCGAAAUGUCUGGUGCAUCGGCUUUUAUCCCUUCCCCAUCUGGUUUGAAGCUACUUGUAAUUCGGAACCCCGAGAGUGAAUCUCCUACCCAGUUUGAGAUAUGGAAUUCGUCUCAGCUAGAGAAGGAGUUUCACAUUCCUCAAACAGUUCAUGGCUCUGUAUACGUCGAUGGAUGGUUUGAAGGGAUCUCUUGGAACUCGGACGAAACUCUUGUUGCUUAUGUUGCCGAGGAACCAUCUCGCCCCAAACCUACGUUUAACAAUCUUGGUUACAAGAAAGGGAAUUCUUCGGAUAAGGAUUGUGGAAGCUGGAAAGGUCGAGGAGAUUGGGAAGAGGAAUGGGGAGAAGCUUAUGCUGGAAAAAGGCAGCCUGCGUUGUUCGUUAUCAAUGUGGACAGUGGAGAGGUUCAACCUGUCAAAGGAAUCCCAAGGUCGUUAAGUGUUGGACAAGUUGUGUGGAGCCCAUACGUUAAAGGCUCGGCUCAAUAUUUGGUUUUUGUGGGGUGGUCAGGCGAUAAAAGAAAACUCGGUAUUAAGUACUGCUAUAACAGGCCUUGUGCACUAUAUGCAAUUAAGUUGCCAGAUUCUACGUUAGGGUCAGAAGGAUCCAAAGAGGGUUCAAAUGAAGCAUUACCCUUAUACAAUUUGACAAAGAGUGUAAGCAGUGGUCUUUUCCCUCGGUUCAGCAAGAACGGGAAGUUUAUUAUAUUCUUAUCCGCAAAGAGUGCCGUCAAUUCUGGGGCUCAUUGGGCAACCGAGUCACUCCACAGGAUCGAUUGGCCUAGUGAUGGGAAGCUUACUGAAUCUACAAAUGUAGUCGAUGUGGUUCGAGUAGUGAACUGCCCUGAGGAUGGAUGUUUCCCGGGGCUUUAUUCUACCGGGGUUCUGACUGACCCGUGGCUUUCAGACGGGCGUACUCUUAUUUUGUCUUCCUUCUGGCGCAGUUGCCAAGUAAUCCUCUCUGUGGAUUUGUUGAGUGGUGAAGUGUCACGAGUCAGUCCUAGCGACUCUGAUAGUUCAUGGAAUAUCCUCGCAUUGGAUGGUGAUGAUAUUAUUGCCGUAUCUAGCAGUCCAGUGGAUAUUCCUGAAAUCAAGUAUGGGAAGAAAACACUGGAUUCAGCUGGGAAGCCUUCAUGGAAUUGGUUCGGUAUUUCAAGCCCUGUAUUCAGAUGCUCUGAGAAGAUUGUGUCCUUGCUUUCAUCUCUUCACUUCAAGAUUCUGAAGAUUCUAGUCAAUGAUGCUUCUGAUUGUCUUACUGAAGGAGCUAAGAAACCUUUUGAGGCUAUUUAUGUAUCUUCAAACUCUAAGAAGAACGGGAAAUGUGAUCCGCUAAUUGUCGUUAUCCAUGGAGGCCCUCAUUCUGUCUCUCCAUGCAGCUUCUCUAAAUCACUAGCUUAUCUCUCCUCGCUUGGAAACAGUUUGCUAAUCGUAAAUUACAGGGGUUCAUUAGGGUUUGGGGAGGAAGCUUUACAGUCUCUUCCCGGGAAAAUCGGGUCUCAGGACGUGAAAGACGUGCUCGCGGCCAUCGACCUUACCAUUGACAUGGGACUUGCACACCCGUCAAGAAUAACCGUCCUUGGUGGUUCUCAUGGCGGGUUUCUGACUACCCACUUGAUUGGCCAGGCACCCGAUAAGUUUGUAGCAGCAGUUGCAAGGAAUCCUGUCUGCAAUAUUGCAUCAAUGGUUGGCAUAUCGGAUAUACCCGAUUGGUGUUUCUUCGAAGCCUAUGGGAACAGAAACCACUUUACCGAAGCACCCUCACCCGAGGAUCUCUCGCAUUUUCAUCAGAUGUCUCCUAUAUCCCACCUCUCUAAGGUGAAAACGCCCACCUUGUUUCUCUUAGGAGCUCAGGACCUUCGUGUUCCCGUUUCAAAUGGAUUGCAAUAUGCGAGAGCACUGAAGGAGAAAGAAGUGGAAGUUAAAGUCUUGUUCUUUCCCGAUGAUAAUCACCCUUUAGACAGACCGCAAACUGACUUUGAGAGCUUCCUCAACAUCGGUGUCUGGUUCAAGAAGUACUGCAAGUAGUGAACCAUGUGCUUCCUCAGCCUUUGCCCUCGAUCAAGAUUUUCGAUAUUAGAGAGGGUUGCAGAAAAAGAAUGCAAGUGUGGGUUACCAAAACACUCUAUUAUGGAUUAUCUUGAAAUCUUCAAAAUUAUUGGGCGCAUUUCGAAAAUAGGGAUAAUUUAGGGGGUGCUGAAUUAAUAAUCACAGACUUAAUGGUGUACAAUAAAUAUGAAGGCGAGUGGCGAUUACAGUUAUAUC